UGCACUUCAUUUUCAGCUGACAGCAGGCUGAAGCCUACUGUUAUAUUUUAUAUAGAACAUCGACGGCCAAACAUCGACCCUCAUCCCUAAUUUAUCAGCAGGGGACAGACUGGACAACUCAUGGGGCCCCUGGGCAAUAGGGGAUCAUGGGCCCCUGUUGUCCUUGCCUUAAUACUCAAAAAAAGCCUAUGAAAAAGGUACCAGGGGACAUCUCAUGGGGCCCCCUACUGACCCUGGGCCCUACGGGUGCAGUGCCCGAGUUUCCAAAUAAUCAGUCCUCUGCCCCU